ACUUCCUUCUCUUCUUAUAGAGAAAAUAGAGAAGUAAGAGCGAGACAGCGUCAUGUGUGUGUGUGCCCCUUUUUGGAAUUUACUGUCAUUGUCUCACAGAUGGUUCACACAUCGCUGAUCUCUCUCUGUACCCACAUCACAGCUUUGACAUAUUUGUUCACAUGACACCUUUCUCGUCUGGCAUCAAGAACAGGAUACCAACAUGAACGGCCUCCUCCUCCUGUUUUACUGCUUAGAAAUCCUGGCUGCACGUCUGUGUGGAGCUGAUGGCAUCAAGGAGAAUACAACUCAUCUCUCAACCGCACAAAGCAGCAUUUCAGCAUCCACAUCACCUGAUCUCAUCACCGCUGAAACGUCUGAGGCCAGCAGCCUGAGGAGCAGCGAGACGUUCACAACUGUCUCCGUGCUCUCCAGCAGUCGCAGCCCUGCAGCUACCUCUGUCCCUCCGCCCAAGACCACCACCACCACCACCACUGUCGCGCCACACUGGGGGACCUACAGAAGGGAAUGUCACGCACUCUACCUGGUGAGUGGCGGACUCAUCAUAGUCUGCACCGUCCUGCUGGUCUCCAGUCUGAUGUUGACGUGUAAGGUGAGGCACCUCAGCAGACGCCUCCAGGCGCUGAGCGGCGACGCUGACCUGAUCAGCAACUCUGAGUUCUGGAUGGGAUCUGCCAGGAGGAACAAAAGCAGAUCAGGGCCGGAGGCCAAAGAGACCAAGGUGUUGAUGACUGACUUCAGUCAAACACAGGAGAGUGAUGGUGCUAACAAGGAAGAGGGCAAGAAGGUAAGCGUGGAUGGACAAACGGGAGAAGAGAACAAGAAGAAGCUGGAAGAAAACGGUGACGAGAGUAAGAAGGAGACACCUGACACAGAAAAGUCCUUGUCCUCAAAGCCUCAAGAGGAAGCUACUGAUCCGAAGUCAAGCAAAGCUGAAGCUGACUCCUCUACUGAGGUGUAGCACUGUGUAUGUGUGUGUGAGUGUGUGAGUGAGUGUGAGUGUGUGUGUGAGUGUGUGUGAGUGUGUGUUUGUGUGUGUAUGUGCGUGUGUGCGUGUGUGCGUGUGUGCGUGUGUGUGUGUGUGUGUGUGUGUGAGUGUGUGAGUGUGUGUGUGUGUGAUUGUGUGUCUGGGUGUGUUUGUGUGUGUGUGUGUGUGUGUGUGUGUGUGUGUGUGUGAGUGUGUGUAUGUGUGUUUGUGUGUGUGAGUGUGUGUGUGUGUGUAUGUGUGUCUGAGUGUGUGUGUGUGUGUGUGUGUGUGUGUGUGUGUGUGUGCAUGUGCAUGUGUAUGUGUGUCUGAGUGUGUUUGUGUGUGUGUGUGUGCUGUUUGUGUGUGUGUGUGUUUGUGUUUGUGUGUGUGUGUGUGUGCAUUUCACAUAUCUAUAGUUAUGAGGGGCAGUUUUAGUUCAAUACCAUCAUUGUGAGAACUCGUCCUCAUAAAUUCGAAGGCCGUUUUGAGGGAUGACACUUGGUUUUUCGGGUAGCCUUAGAAAAGGGUUUAGGUUUGGGUAAGGGUCAGACAUUUAGUUGUGAUUGUUAAGUUUAAGGGAAGGGGCUAGGGAAUGCAUUAUGUCAAUAAGUGUCCUCUCACAACUAUAGAGACAAGUGUGUGUACGUGUGUUUGAGAGAGAGAGAGAGAGAGAGAGAGAGAGAGAGAGAGAGAGAGAGAGAGAGAGAGAGAGAGAGAGAUCGACUUAAUUAGCAAGCAGAGAAUGUGCCUCUUCCGGGCAGUGCCACUCAACUCCAAGAGAACACUCUCUUUCACCUCGGCCCGGGCUGACAAAGGACACACAAAAGUCCUUUUCAACAAACCAAUAUGGAGUGGCUUCCGCCGCCCUGUGCAGAUAUUUCUCCCUCCACUUGCUUGUGACGUCCCCAUGGAUGUGCACCUUUUAUUGAAAAGUCUUUGAGUAUAGUUUUCCCUUGUCACGACACUGCAGCCUCUGCAUGAGGCUGGGCCGGAGGGGAAAGCACAGACAGAGUGAGGAAAUAACCAAAGUGCUGCAAAAGAGGCACAAAAUGAAGACAGAAUGAUGCUGUCCUCUCAGCUGCACGGUUGCAUAAGUCCAGAUCAUCUACAAUGAUAUGUGCAAAUUUGUCUAAUUUUAUAAGGUUAAACCCUGAACCACAUCUGCAUCAAACAUCUGUCCCCCAGCAGUGAAGGUAAUGUGUGUGCUAGCGAUACAGCAAUGCAGUGUAGGAUGGAGAGUCGGCUGUAUUGCUGAUGACAGGUAGGAAGCUGCAGUGAAGGACAGUCCUCUGCAAUAAAUCUCUUUAGAGUUUAUUUUUGUGACAACCUCUAAAAUGAACACAGGGAGAACAACAGCCAAUCGCAGCUCGGUCUGACUGUGAGGGGAUACUUCACAGAGGGGGGGGGGGUUGUGAUUUAGGUGAUAUCUGAUAAUUGAUAUUAGUAAAUUCAUCAGACCACAAUGAUAUCUGUCACUUUAAAUGCAGAAUUAAUUCUCGGAGGCUGCUGCAUUUAACAUGAGCUGAGGAGUUUCCCUUGCAGCAGCCUUGUAUGCAGGGGACCCCCUCCGUCAUGCGCUCCAUUUCUCCUCACCCCCCCUCCUAAAACCAGCACCCCACCCCUCCCAUCUCUGCACUUCUACAGCACUAGAGUAAGCACACAGAGCCUGCAGUGCCUGAUCGCACUAACCCAAAAGAUCCACAUACAGGAGGCAGUAUCAACUCUCGCUUCUUCAAAGAGGACAAAAAGGACCAAAGCAAGGGGAGGCAGAGAGAAGGCCGCCUAAAAAAAAAAAAAAAAACGCUGCACUGGACAAGUGAAGUGAGCAAGAGUCCAAAUCUGUGAGGGGGGGAAACAGAUUCACCUUCAGCAGAGCAGCAGCUGGUCCUUAGCUUCACAGCAGGACAGGAGAGAGGAGCAAGGAGAGAAAAGUGACUGGAAUGAUAAGAUGAGAAGCAGGUAUGUUCUCCUGAGGGUUUCCCCUUCAGCCGCCCUCCUGGGCCUCCUGGUUGGGUCGUUGCUUGGGGAGCACGCCCUGGCCGUGUGUCCCCCCAUGUGCUCCUGCAGCCGCAGCCACAGGGAGGUGGACUGCUCCUGGAGGGGUCUGAGACAGUUGCCCGACGGCCUGCAGCACAACAUGCGCUCCCUCAACUUGUCCCACAACCGCUUCCAGCACCUGGACCAGCGGCUCACCGUGUACACCCAUCUCCGCGUCCUCGAUUUGUCUCACAACCGGCUGAGCCGCCUGCCAGCCGGCUUGCCUCGCUCGCUCUGGCAGCUCCACGCCGCCUCCAACCACCUCCAGCUGCUGGACAAGAACGACACCGCCUAUCAAUGGAACCUGCGACUGCUGGACCUCUCCAACAACAAGCUGGAGCGGGCCACCUUCAUCAACAACACGCUGAUCAACCUGUGCACCCUGAACCUGAGUCACAACCACUUCUGGACUUUGCCCACCAACAUGCCCAUGCACCUGGAGGCUAUUGACCUCUCGCACAACUUGCUGGUGAAGGUGCUGCCCGGCUCCCUGGACCGGCUGCCCAGACUAACUCACCUCUACCUGCACGCUAACCGUUUUACCACCCUGCCCUUUGGAGUGUUGGACCAGGUGACGUCACUCAGAGUCAUCGCUCUGGGCAGCAACCCUUGGGCCUGUCACCUUUACCACAACAUCACCUACGUGCUGUCCUGGACUCAGCACACCCCCGCCCGCGUCCUGGGCUGCCCCUGCCACACCGAGUCAGUCUGUGGGGGGGCGCAGCCUAGCAGGACUGGAGGGUGGCACUUUGCCUCCUACAACCUGCCCCCGUUGGUAGCGGGUGCCCAGGACGUGAGCUCCCUGCCCCCGGGGGCCGGCGUUACCGAGUGGUGGUACUUGUCUGUGUCUGCUCCCCCACACACCCAGAUGGAACAUCACCCGUUCACAGACACACCAGUCAGCAUCCAGGAUCACAUGCUCCACACUCAUCCUCAUCUCUUUCCUGGUACCGACGAAGACUCACCCAGUGACUCACUCACAUCCCCUUUUUCUGACACGGGCCUUGUUACCGAAACACCCAUCGGGGCUGACAUGACCCUGCCCACAGAUCAAUUCUUUACCACAGAGAGCCCCUUUGCCCAGACAAAGAAAACCACCACGCUUCGCACGAGGAGCGUGAGGAGGCCGAAUCAGUCCCACCCGAGGGGCGUCAGCAACCGAGGCUCCUCGCUGCCUCUCCUUCACAACCUGGGGCUUCUGCUUCUCAUUCUGCAACACGUGCUCUGAGAGAGACACGGAGAAGACUGACCACCGAGUGAUUAGCCUACAUUUCAGUUUACAGACACAAACCACUGAUGUAGUUUGUAGAUCACCAUCAUUCUCCAGCAAAGAAAAAGGAAGCAUUUACCAUAGAGAUGACAAACUAUAGGAUCACUGUCAUAAUGCCUGCUAUGCUGAGAAUGCUAUGAUGCUAAUUUUAUAAUUAUACAUAUGAAAACAUCACUUUAGCUUUUUCUAACAAGGCUCUUUACAUGCCUCCAUUUGAAUGCCUCUGAUUUAAAAAGAAAUGCCAUUGUAAUGAAUGCAGCUAAGCACAUGAUGGCACUAUACAUUCAGCUACCAGUUUAUUAUGUAACUGAAUGGGGCCCUGGUGCUCGUCCGCAGCUACAGUCCAUCUACUUCCAGGCUGACUGAGGUGUUUUCCGGUCUAUAGCACACAAAUUGUUGUAUUUUUUUCUUUUUUUUUCUACAACUGUUGGUUGAAACUGUCAUGUUGUUUUUAUAUAAUUGUUUGGUGGGAAACAUAUGACACUCAGAGCCCUUAUUUAAGCCUCUGGGUGAUUCAGAUUAUUUUCCGAGCUGUGCUUGAUCCCUCAACCUGCUUGUUUCAUGUUAGAAAUCAUAUCACACACCACGAGAGCAGCCUGUUCUGGGGGAUGUUUUUAAUAAAGUAGUCAUGGCAUGUAUGUAACAGGAAGCUGCAUAGACUCUGCGGAGCAGAGGGCAAACAAAUGGACAAUGCUGUGUCACUAUCUUCAACAAACUCCCAAGUAGCGCGUCUGUAUUUUGAUCACAUCGCCGACUUAAGUGUCCUUCAUGAUUCAGUGGCGCUCGUGAAAAUUAUCUGCAUGGUGAUUGAACGUUCCAGGAAUGCUAACCUACUGCUAUAUUGCUGCAGAGCCUUAAAGCACAAGACAUUUUCAGCUUAUUUGUGUGAAAUGUUAAGAUAUUCAAAUCCUGAUUGCAUUUUAAGUGGAAAUGGCAGUGAUGUGCCGGCGUGCACAUUUUUACUUCCCAGUAAUACAUUCACAUAAUGUUCCUGGAACAGCAGGAGAUGCAUUACAGCCAGCUGCAUUUGACAAACUGAAGAGGAAUGUGUUUACUUUUGGGUAUGUCUCCACGAAGAUUUCUGUAAAGUUAAAUAAAAUGUGCUCAGUCACUUACACCUUU